AUGGAGUCGACGGGCGAUACCAGCUCGUGUUCCACAGCAGCUAACACCACCGACUGUCUUCUCGAUCGCCUGAUCAACAUUGUCAGUGAGAAGUUUGCGGCCGAUGAUGGAAAGACGGACUGGGAUCCCAUUACUUUUGCCUUCACGGUGCCUGUCGGUAUCUUUGGCAUUCUCGCGACCUUAUUGGCACUGGUCGCGAUCAUUCAGGGCAUCUUCGCUGCCAGCCCCGGGCGUCGGAAGUCUAGCCACCAAGUCAUUGGCAAAUGGGCGGAGCAAACGGUGACCCGUGUCAGUCUGCGGGAACUCCGGACUUACACACAGGCAUCGACACCACGAUUGAUUUCUGAUCGUCUUUUGAAUUUGUUGGAAAUGGAGUAUCAAGCAAAAAUUGGUAACAUUGGCGCUACGACUGCUGUUGACCAAGUUGGAGAUGGCCUCCUUAAAACCGCGGGUGAUAAUGACAACAACGGUCGAAUUAUCGCGAAUUGGCUUGGUGAAUUUCAAUCAUUGGCCCGACGACUUCCGCUAUGCUCAAAGAUACUGUCAGCUCUUGCAACAGUACUUCAAACAUCAAGUAUGCCUUCCGCCGAAGCAGGUUGGCUUCAACUCCUGCAUCAAUUUGAGCUCGCAAAUCUGCCUUUAGAUACCAAUGAUACGGCCAUCACGGCUGCGGACUAUCUUCCAGACGACUUGAAAGCCGUUCCUGCUUACGCCGAUAUCCGCACUAUUGUCGUGUUGGCAGCCGUUGGUGGAGUAAAAUCGUUCGAGCCCGAGAUUGGAUCCUCCUAUCCGUUGCUCAUCGCUCCUACUUUUGCGAUUGAAUUCCGACAACAUCCAGCCUUGGGAAGGGUUGCUAAGUCACGAGAAUCAAAAAAUAUGUGGCAGAUCUUACAGAAAGUUUGGAUCUCUCGAUCUUAUUCCCUAUCUGCGUGGACUUCAUCCAUGGCGAUGGCAAAGUCCCGUUGA